CGCCGAGAACAUGUACUACUUCUCCGAGCUGGCCUUGACCCUCAACGAGCACGAGGAGGGCGUGGCGCCCACGGACAGCCGCCUGCGGCCGGACCAGCGGCUGAUGGAGAAGGGGCACUGGGACGAGGCCAACACGGAGAAGCAGCGGCUGGAGGAGAAGCAGCGGGUGUCGCGGCGCCGGCGGCUGGAGGCCUGCUCGCGGGUCUGUGGCACGGAGGAAGCAGAGAAGGAGGCUGAUGUGUACGUGCCGCUGUGGUUCGAAAAGAGGCUGGACCCACUGACGGGGGAGACGGCCUGCAUGUACAAGGGCGGCUACUGGGAGGCCAAGGAGAGGCAGGACUGGCACAUGUGCCCCAACAUCUUCUGAGCGCCACCCCUACUGCAAAUACAGGCGCCUGCACAGCCUGGUCCACCUCUUCUUUAAUGCACUCAAUUUAGUACUCAACGGCCCUCCUACCCACGCCUCCCCCUCCCCACACCUCCCCCCCCUUUUUUAAAAACAUUUUUGGGGCUCCCACCUUGGAAGGAGUAAGUGCUGACCUGCAUUCUCUUCAGCUCGCAGGUGCCCUCGGUCACCCGAGCCCCUUCAUUAUGGACUUGGGUCCCACUGGGACCCCAGCUCCCAGUUAACACAACUCAGGCAGGCUGGCCCAGGCCCUGGGCUGCCCCAGUCACCAGCCCCACCCAGGGAGGCACUGGCCCCUCCUGAGGAGCCACAUUUGACUUUUUUAGAAAAAACGAUCUCCAUUUCUUUCCAGCCAAGACUUUAGUAAAUAUUUUUAGCACAGCACUUAGCAGACAACUUUCUAAGUGUGCUUUCUUGCCACAAACAUGUCCUGGCAAGAGCCCCUUCUUUUUAAGACAUCAGGAAGCCAGACCCCUUUGAGCAGGGAGCAUUUUGUCACUCAACAUAGCAGGGCCACAUCUGUAUCGGAGCUGCCCAGUCAGCGGGAGCACAGGACUCCACAGAGAAGGGAACUGGAGGGGCCACCUGGCCCAGGAGAGCACAAGUCAGUUGUCUCUGAAGCUACAGCCGCACCCACUGUGGGGGAGGGGGCGCCGAGCAGCCCCCAUGUAGAUUUGAGGGCAUCAGCCCCUUGCCUUGCCUUGGCCAUGUUGAGGCUGCUCCCCAGCCCUAGAGAGGCCAGGAAGGGCUGGGGGGCAGGGCCUGCAGGUGCUCCCCACCCCAGAACCAGGCCCCAGAUCAGCAAUAAGAACAAACAUUUGGCUCAGCCUGGGCUGGUGCCCACAGGCACCAGAGACCCAGUGUCCCGCCUCGGCCUCAGGCACCUUCAGGGUGCCCAUCUCCACACCCCCUGAACUCUUUUAUUUGCCUGAUUUAUAUAUAUAUGAUAUAUAAAUAUAUAAAGAUAGCUAUUUUGCUUAAAUUUCUAUGGUAUGUGGAAAUUAAAAAAUGAUGAAGACAGGGCACUCCUGUCUGAGUUUAGCCCUCCUGUCAGCUGUGCCCUGCCCUCUCCUCGGACCCCCUUCCAAAGGCUUCUGCCAAUGGUGGGGGUACUGGGCCACCGUGGCCACUGUCCCCGCCCCUCAGAACCCCCACUCCAACCCCUCCCACUUAAGUUUGGUCCUGAAAAUUCAUCACAGGGUUUUUUUCUGUAUACUCCAGGACUGAUUUUGUUUUUAUAAAAAAACAAAAGUGAAAACACCAACGUAUGAAAUGCCUUAGGGUGCCCACUCAAGAGGCAGGGUGGGCUGGGUGGGGUGGGUGGCCCCACCAGGCCUACAGCAGAGCUGUGCAGUGUACCUCUUCUCAACACUGUUUGUGAGGGAGCACCUUCUGACCGGUAAUAAAAACCUUGGAUUUGGAGUUUUCCAAGGCCCUGUC